AUGAUGAACGACCUGACCUCCGUGCUGUUCAGGAGGAGACGAGUGGCUUGGGGAGCGUAUAAGAGCAUCCAGGAUGUAGAGGAAAAGACCAGGAACACCCGGCUCCGUGCUCACCUCUUCAACACCACCGUACUUCCUGCUUUGACCUAUGCUUCGGAAACCUGGGCAUUUCGCAAGCAGGAAGAAAACGCGGUGAGCGUCAUUGAACGCACAAUUGAGAGAGUGAUGCUAGGAGUAUCCCGUUUCGCGCAAGUGAGGGACGGGAUUCGAAGUUCUCUCCUACGUCAGCGAUCGAAGAUUAGAGACCCCGCCGCGUUUGCCAAGGAAAGUAAAAUGAGGCGGGCCGGACACGUGAUGCGCUUUAAUGACAACCGUUGGGCCAGAGCCGUGAGCGACUGGGUUCCCCGCGAUAUUAAGCGCACUACAGGAAGACCGCCGACCCGAUGGUCAGAUUUCUUCUAUGAUGCCCUUCGUGUCCCACGCGAAAGGAUGCACCACUGGGCUACUCCGGCACGCGAUCGGGACAAAUGGAAGAAUUACUGGCGCCCGCUCGACCAUUUCGAAGAUCAGCGGGAUCAAGAAGAGAUAAAACCAUCAGAAACAGAUGAGGAAAAGUACGAAAAAUAUCUCAAUGCAGCAAAUUUGCUCUCUGGAAGCACAGAGACAAUCAAAAUGAGCAGAAACGCUCUUCAGGCAUUGAUAGAUAAGUUGCAAAAAGAAUAUGAAGAAGCAAGAUCUAAAGGAAAUAAAAAAGACCUCACAAAUGAAGUCAAGGAGAUUGAAAAUGACACGCAAAUCAAUGAGAGGAUUGCAAAGGCAAACGGAAUGGUAUAUGUACUAAGUGCCAGAGUCACAGAAGCACGUAAUCACAUGGGAAAACUUGCAAGGAAGAUGGGAAUAACUCAUAGAGAGCCCACAAAACAAAAACCUGCAAGAAUAAAUGAAACUCACGCAGAUCAGCAGAUCGCAAAAGAGUCAGCUGCGACUGAGGAAACCGAAGAAGGUUCUUCACAAAAUGACGCCAUUUGGCUCUCGGAGGACAAUACAAAUUCGGAAAAAAGUAGAGAAGACGAUGAAGAUUUCAUAUAUCGUACUCUCAAACCAAAGCAACUAAGGUUGCCACGAUUCUACGGGGACGAAGAAGAAUUCCCUGAAUUUUGGGCAAUAUAUGAAACGCUCGUAGACCAAACUAAUCACGGUGCUAACCACAUGGCUGAAGGUUCCGUUAACAUUGACAAAAGAAAGGAGCAAGUAGUCCUGAUGACUGCCGAAGGAAAUGUUUGGAAUAAUAACACUAGACAAUUCGAAAAACUGUUUUUCUUUCUUUAUGGAGCUCAAAAAACCAUCAUUAGAGAGCAGACCGCAAAGGAAUUUGUUCUUCCAACUCAAAAAACUGAAGUCUGCACAAUGUCUGGUAUAGCUGGACAUACCGAAAAGUACCAAACAAACAUUGUCCCCUUCAAAAUCAGCAAUGCCUUUGGCAAGGAGAUCCAUAUGACGAUUCAAACCAAGCCAAUUAUCACUAAUGGUUUUUCUUCUGUACGUCUCAAUGAUGCAGAUAAACAAUACCUCCAAGAUAAUGAGAUUUGUAUAAACAAUCCGAGAGUUCGCGGUGAACAUCAAAACCCGCAAAUAUUGGUCGGUAUAGAUAAUUAUUACGACCUCGUAAACAGUGGAUACUUUAACUUUGCCAUCUGGAUUACGCAUGGCGGUAUUCGGACCAACGAUACACGGCAAAGGGUCAAUCAAUUUGCAGCAAGAAGCGACAACGAUAACACAUGA